AUGUCAAAGGCAUUAUGUUGUUAUGCAUUUGAAGCAUUGGUCAACAAAUUAAAUAAAGGGUCAACAAAGAUUCCAUUAAGUACAUUUCAAAAAGAAUUAAACGAACAAUCAAAUGAUAUUCCUAGUAGUGCACCAUUAUUUAUUACAUGGAAUAAGAAUCUGAAUUUAAGAGGAUGUAUUGGAACCUUUCAACCAUUAAAUAUAGAUCAAGGAGUUUCAAAAUAUUCAUUAAUUGCUGCAUUUCAAGACCCAAGAUUUCCUGAAAUUUCAAUAAAAGAAUUAUCUUCUUUAUCAGUUAGUGUUACAUUGUUAGAUAAUUUUAAACCAAUUAAAAAUCAAUUGGAUUGGGAAAUUGGUAAAAAUGGUCUUAAAAUAUCAUUUUACUUACAUAAUGAACAUUAUUCUGGAACAUUUUUACCAUCUGUUGCUGAAGAUGAAGGUUGGGAUAAAUUAACUACAUUAUAUUAUUUGUUAAAAAAAGCAGAUUAUUCAAUUGAUAAGAAAUCCGUCAAUGAUUUUUAUUCAAAAGGAUUGAAAGAAGGUUGGUUGGUAUUAACUAGGUAUGAUGGAUUAAAAUCCGGAUUGAGUUAUAAGGAGUUUAAAGAAAUCAGGGAUGAUAUAGAAUAG